AUGGCUCUUCUGGCGCUGGUCGCCAGCCUCACCCUCGUUUCCGCCUUGCCUUACAAUGUCUACCGCUACCCAUCUCCAUCUCCGUCUCCUACCGCUGUCCCCUCCGCCCGCAACCAGUAUGAGCCCCAUUCGCACCUUCAGAAGCGCAACAACGAGACCACCCAGUGCGGCUGUACUCCCGGCGAGUACCGCUGUGUCGGUGCUUGGAUUCAGCAGUGUGGCCAAUCCGGCGGAGUUUGGAUCAGUCGACAGGACUGUGGUCUGCAGAACGAGGGUCAAAAGCUGUUCAUGUGCGACCCGGACGACAAUUCUGAAUGCGUCCUCGCUGGUGCCCACAACUACCCAGGCUUCUCGCAGGAUGCUUCGGGAUUCUACCUCCCACUGUCGACUACGCCUCCCGCUGCUCAAGCCGCCUCGACGGGUGCAGCGUGCAGCCCAAGCAGCCUGGUCUCGGCCAGCACGAGCGAGGUCGAGUCCACUGCUACAGCAACUAGCGUCGAUAACACUUUCACGGCCACCACACUUGUCAACCUUGGUCCUGCCAGCGUCCCAACCAGCACUGUAUGGUCUUCCGACGACACGUCAGACAUCGAGAGUGCCACCAACGAGUCGAGCAGCAGUUCCACUCCAACCACAACCGAGUCUGCCGACCUCCUCACGGACAGUACGACGACUCGAGGCAUUAUUACCGUGCAAGCAGCUGUCCAACCGACAAGGGCCUCCGCCUCAGCAGCCAGCCAGACUGAUGUAUUGGAGACCUGGGGAGAGUGUGGAGCAGCUUUCACUCAGCCUUCGUCUGCGGAGCCUGACAAGACGACGAGUGACGUGUCCUUCGGUGCGGCCUCCUUGAACUUCGCUGUGUCUCCCCCAUCCUCCACACAAUCUUCUGGCAGUACCACGGUCUCAAGCUCGGUGGCUGAAGCUACCUCAACCCCCAUGUCGUCAGAGGAUGACGAAGAAGAUUGGUGUGAGGACGACAAAGACUGGUGUGACGAUGAGGACGAGGCCACUUCAUCCCCUUACUCGAACGCCGCCCCCACUGCAACUGGAAACGAGAGCAGCGCCACUCCUACCUCCACCCAGGUCUCUGCGACUUCCUCGCUCGCCACCGACACCGCAGCUGUGUCAACACCUUCUUCGCCCGUAGCGCUCUCGUACCUCAACACGACAUCCCCCAACGUCGGCUCCCUCCUUGCAACGUCCGGAUUCAGUGCCCCGCACUAUGUGAUUUACGCGUUUAGCACAUUCCCCAACAACACGCUUCCCACCGUGGCAGAGCUCGGCCAGUACAACCGCGUCGUCCUCGGCUUUUAUGGAGGCAAGAAUGGAACGGACCACAACAUUCGCAUGUGGACCAACCUCACGCCAAGUGAACGCACCUCGAUCCUCGACAGUUACCACUCUGCGGGCAUUGCCCUCAUGGUUUCCGUCUUUGGCGACACUGUCACACCUACAACGUCCAAGUGGGACCCCAUUACCACGGCACAGGAUAUUGCCAACUUCACCAAGACCUGGGGCUUUGACGGCGUUGACGUCGACUAUGAGGACUUUGACGCGUUUAACGCGGGCACGUCAAGCGCAUGGCUGAGACCUUUCCAGGCGACUCUCCGGUACGAGCUCGGUGAUUCUUAUCUCAUCUCGCACGCUCCUCUCGGACCUUGGUUUGACGACCAGUCCUACUCUGACGGCGCCUACUACACUGUAAACAAGGAAGUCGGCUCAACGAUUGACUGGUACAACGUGCAGUACUACAACCAGCACGACGCAUACAAUGACUGCGGGAGCCUGAUCCACAACUCGAGCAGCACCCAGUGGCCUGCCACGUCGAUCCUCGAGCUCAACUCCACUCGCGGUGUCGACCUCUCCAAGCUUGUCCUGGGCAAGCCGAUCGAGGCGUCCGAGGUCGUCAGUGGCGGCUUUAUGAACAUGAGCGACCUGGCCACCUGCGUUGCAGAGGGCAAGAAGGCGGGAUGGAGUGGCUCCCUCAUGUUCUGGGAGUGGGAGACUGACCUGAACCCCGCCGACAUGCUCGCCACGGCCUUGUCCGGGUAA